UGUGUAUAUAACAGUUCUUUUAGCAGGUGGAAAAACAGUAACACACAAAGCCAUUUCAUCACACUGAAUGAAAAGAAUGGGACACAAGGUAAAUGCAUCAAAAAGUAAAUGCAAUUCUCUGGUCAAUGAGCUCCACAAUUUGUGGUAUCAUCAUUCAGGUCUAGAGCAUAAACAGUAAAGGACGAGAAGGGAAAAGGUACUGGCAUCCUGCCUGCAAUGAUGAAGAUGAAGAUGAAAUGCUUUAAUUGCUUUAAUUGCUUCUACACUAAACGCCGUGACCGCAGCAGCCGCAAAACGAACAAAAGCAGCUCUAAGGUAUCAGAGGAGCCCCCUGUUCACACUUUAACCUCACAGACAAACCCACAACAUGAGCAACAAAGCAAACAAGACUGCAAGGCUGAAGCUGUCCCAAAGGAAGAUGCUGUCGUGCUUAAAGAGUGGAGUUUUAAGACCAGUGGGUCAUCAAUCGCUGAUGGCAAAACAGGUCGAAUGACAGCUAGACCUCAAUCAGUCAAUGCAAAAGAGCCAAACAAGAGCUCUGAAAAGGGGGACAUGACGGAUAGAGAAGAACAGAGGUCACUGGCUAAACGCAGAGAAAGCAAAGAAAAUGGAACUUAUAGAUUGAAGAGGAAGAACUCAAUGACCCAAGAGAAAGACUCAAGGAAAUCAUCAACCACCUCCUCAAAAAAAAUAACAUUAAACAGGCCCAGAAGACAACUUAAAAAGGACCUAAUACCGAACCCUGAGGUCUUCCACAAGAUUGACACACAUGCAAUCAAUGCUGGAAGAGAGCUCAGAAGCAGGAAGAUCUUUUCGGUGCAAGCAAUCACCAAGACAAUCACAGGGGGGGCAAUCAGUGAUUUAGACAAACUGCGUGCCAUUUGGAUCUGGCUUUGCCACUACAUUGAGUAUGAUGUGAAGGGCUAUCUGGGCCUUUCUAAAAUGGUUUGCUCUCCUGAGCAAGUCAUUUUGACUGGACGAGCUGUGUGCUCUGGUUACUCCAGCGUCUGUUUACAGAUGUGCAGGGAAGCUGGUAUCGAGUGCAGAGAGGUGUCGGGCCAUAGUAAAGGCGCUGGUUACCAGCUGGGCCAGAGUUACCGGAACAAUGAUUCUGACCACAGCUGGAAUGCAGUGUUUCUGGAUGGACAGUGGCACCUGUUGGAUGCCUGCUGGGGUGCUGGAUAUGUGGACACAGACAAACAAGUCUUUAUAAAGAGAUAUAAAGAGUUCUACUUCCUGACCGACCCUGAGGACUUCAUCGACUCUCACUAUCCUGAAGAGGACGAGUGGCAGCUUUUGGAAAGCCCCAUUGGGAUUGAAGAGUUUGGGAAGAGGGUGCUUAAAAAGCCUGACUUCUACACACUAAACCUAACCCUCAUCCACCCGAAACACUCCCUUAUAGUUACAGAGAACGGUGAAGCGACAGUAUCAAUGAGUUUCCCUCAGCUCGUCCAUUUCACCUAUCAGAUUUCCCAGCUCAGCGGCAAAAAACCACAAGAGCUGAGCAAGUCCAUGGGUUUUCUCACCAGCACGCAGAACAGCAUGAAGCUACGUAUCAUGCCCCCAAAGCCUGGCAUGUAUGAGCUUGAGCUUUUUGCUCGAACUGGAAACACAUCAGAAAUAUUCAACUGGAUCUGUUCCUUCCAGCUGGAAUGUCCAUCACCCAAGACUUCAGAAGAGCUGCCUGAGAAUCCCCACGUGUGCUGGGGCCUGCAACCAGACGCGACGAGUUUAGGACUCGAGCCUUGCAAUUAUGGGAACGACAUCAUUUCGCUAGAGUCUGGAUCCUUUAGGUUAGUCUUAAACACUACUAGAACACUCAUGGUGUUGUGUGAAUUGAGCCAUAAGAACCUGGAUAAGACUUUAUCUAAGAAAUGCUUGGCCAUUCAGACCGAGCCUGACCAACUCACAUGUAGCGUCCUUUGUCCUUACUAUGGUUACUACCGUCUGUCUGUGUUUGUAAGGGACUGGGCAAAUGAAGCAGACAGCUUUGAGAACGCAGGCAACUUUCUUCUUCACUGCACGGGUGGUGCCGUCAACCUGAAUGAGCUUUUUCCCAGUGGCCUCAGCGGUUCCUGCGGUCCUGGGAUCAAGACUCAAGAGGCCGGCCUCUGCGAGUUUAGCCAUACAGAAGCUCUGGUUUACACACAGGAAGGAAAGUGCGACAUCACCUUCCAAAACCCAAAAGAUAUAGAUCUCCUCUGCAAAUUAACUAAAGAACAGUGUGAUCAACCACCAAGUCAAACCACCCUUUCAAACCACGUCCUCUUCACUCACAAUGGGAGCAAAGUCACUAUGAGCAUCAAUCUUCCUGAGUCUGGAGUCUACAGGCUCACUCUCUUUGGAAAAACAUCCUUCCAACAAGAAUUCACUUUCCUGUGUGAUUACAUCCUAAAGAACACCUCAGCAAAUAAGUGGCCUCCAUUUCCAUGCAUGUACAAUGCCUGGAAGAAGGGCUGUGUGCUGUAUGAACCUCAAGUGGGGCGGCUAGAGGCCUCGUCCUGGGUGAAAUUUCGUGUACACGUCCCAGGCGCCCAAAGAGUGAGCGUGCACGGAGAUGAGAGUGUGGAUCUUCAGCUCAGUGAGAGUGGGGUUUGGGAAGGGAAGGCGUUUACAGGCAGAGGACCACAGCUCAAACUUGCUGCCACGCUGAGCGAGACCCCCAAUAUGAUAACCACCCUGAUGACCUUCAGUGUGGUGAAACCAAAUGAGAAGUGAUCUACAGCUCAUAUGUGAUAAUCCCAAAAGUGUCUAUGAGGCUAGACUAUGUCAUGAAUACACUCCCUUAGAUGUGACUACAGUGGUGUCCUAAAUGGCACACUAUACACUCUAAUCUAAUCUAAUCUAAUCUAAUCUAAUCUAAUCUACCAUCUAGUGCAGUGGUUCUCAACUCCAGUCCUCGGGGCCCAAUGCUCUGCACAUUUUAAAUGUUUCUGAAUCUGACACACUCGGUUCAGUUCAUGGAUCUUUUUCCUAAUGAGCUGAUGAUUUGAAUCAGGUGCGUUAAAUGAGGGAGACAUACAAAAUGUGCAAAGAAGUGGGCCCCAAGGACUGGAGUUGAGAACCACUGGAACCACCUUCUAUGAAGGUUAUUGUGUCGAUUUUGGAGUCUGACAGACCCUCCCUUCUGCUGCGUAAUUAAAGCUGCAACUGGGCAGUGUAUGAAGCUUCCAACAUUCUAUGCUUCUUUUUUUUUUUUCAGUAAUUAUGUGCAUUAUCCUGAUAUUUCUUGUUUAACCCUUAAAUGCAUACCUCGGGUCUUUAGCGACCGGGACAUCAUUCACUACCCUCUCCCUCCUUCAUUUUUUUAAAGUUAUACAUCAGCGUUCUUAGUAUUCUUGUUCUUAACAAUAUAAGGAAAAAGUAAUAAUUUAAAAGAAUGUCUGUUUUCUGAUUUAUUUCUUUAUAAACAGUGUAUAGGUUCGCUAGAGACCCGAGGUGUGUAUUAGUGUAAGUUUAAGUUUUUCUGCGUGAAAAAUAUUCAAAUAUCUGAUGACUUAAUGCAUGCAAUUCACCUUUAUUCCUUGAGGUUGCACUGUUCAAUAGACAAUAAUGACGUGAUGUUUCACUCAUAAAUCACAGCAGGCAUAAAACAAAAGCAUAUUAUGAGCAAAAACUGAACUGGUUUGAAUGGCUUUAGUGCAGAAUAAUAUAAGACAUAAAAUAUAAAUGUCACUGUCAUUUGCCAGCGAUCAAAAUAUUGAUUUUGAAGUUGUUGAAAAUGAUAGUUUUGUGAAUCUGAAUCGCUCAAUAAGAAAGGGACUUGCUGCCACAUACUGGUGGUUUUAGUGUCAUUUUUAUUUAUCCAUGACAAGCCUAAACCGGGCAAGGUACCAGCACAAAACACACUCUGCAAAAUAUCUUAUUGUAUAUCUUAUGAAUUUGUAAAUUUUGAAUGGUUGAUAAUGAAAUAAAUGUUGAGAUCUCUUGUUUUUUAAUAUUCCAUAAUAUGUAUUUUAAAAUUAUUUUUAAUGUCAAAUAUUGCACACCCACAACUCAUAUAUUAUUGCUUUAAUAAAAUAGCACAUUAAAAACA